GUUCUACUUGUGGAUGCUCCUGUUAAUAUGGAGAAGAUUGAAGAACUAUUUGCUAACAUGCAUAUUGUUAAACGCUCCUCAGAACCUAAAGAACCCACUUACCUGCUUGGCAUAGACACAUCCAAUACUGGACAAGCAGGAAAAGGAAGCAUAGUAGCUGUUUUAUGUUCUAAUGGAUCAAUAAGAAUAUAUGAUAAGGAAACACUAAACAUACUACGUGAAUUUAUUGGGCAUCCAGGGCUUCUUAAUGGAGUCAAAUUUGCAAAUUCCUGUGACAAUGUAUAUUCAGCAAGUACUGAUGGCACCGUAAAAUGUUGGGAUGUUCGAUUAGCCAGUGAAAAACCCAUCCAGCUGUUCAAGGGUUACCCUUCUAAUGCUUUUAUCAGUUUUGAUAUCAACUGUAAGGAUCAUGUCAUUUGUGCUGGGACAGAAAAAGUUGACGAUGAUGCACUGUUGGUGUUUUGGGAUGCAAGAAUGAAUUCUCAGGAUCUAUCUACUGCUAGAGACCCACUGGGUGCAUAUUCAGAGACACACAGCGAUGACAUCACUCAAGUACGUUUCCAUCCCAGCAAUCCUAACAUGCUUGUCUCCGGCUCCACUGAUGGCUUGGUAAAUGUAUUUGAUAUUAGUGUUGAUAAUGAAGAGGAUGCUCUGCUCACAACCUGUAACUCAGUUUCAUCGGUAAGCUGUAUCGGUUGGUCUGGCAAAGAUUAUAAACAGAUUUACUGUAUGACACAUGAUGAAGGAUUUUGUUGGUGGGAUUUAAAUCACUUGGACUCUGAUGAACCAAUUACACAAUUGAGCAUCCAAGAUGUCAGAGAAAUCCUUAACGUGAAAGAAAAUAAUUUGGAUUAUUUGAUUGGUGGCCUGUAUCAUGAAAAGAUGGACAAAUUGUUUGUUAUUGGAGGAGCAAACACAGGAAGGAUUUGCUUCCUGAGUUGUACCCAAUCAGGACUGACCCACAUGGCCAGCCUUCAGGGAGGACAUACUGCCACUGUUCGUUCCUUCUGUUGGAACAUGCAGGAUGAUGCUUUCCUGACUGGGGGAGAAGAUGCACAGUUGCUACUCUGGAAACCUGGAACUGGAAACCUGGAGAAGGCCUUCACAAAGAAAGACAGCAUGAAAAUAGCAUCCUCUGUGCAUCAGCGGGUUCGCGUCCACAGUAACGAGUCCUGUAAGAGAAAGAAAAAGUGACGCUACAUUGACUUUAGAGUGUCAAGUACUGUGUUGUGCUUUUGGUGUACUACCUAUGGUAGAUACAGUCAAAGCUAUAUAUUAUGAAAACCAAAUCAGUUAGCAAGCAAUCCUAGAGAAGUGUUGAGAAUGUUUUAACUCAGGUUUUAUGUAUAUAUGAAAAUA